AUGUUUGGACACAUUCAACCAGGUCCCCCGGACCCCAUGUUCAUCCUGAAGAAGAAUGCGGACAACGAUCGUAAUCCAGAGAAAGUGGACUUGGGUGUUGGUAUCUAUCGAAGCGAGGCCUGUACCUACCAAGAGUUAGAGGUUGUGAAGCUUGCCAAAGGGCAUCUCGAACGCGCUGAUUUAGGACACGACAUCUCAUCCGUUCAGACAAUAUCUGGCACCGGCGCCAAUGCCCUGGGCGCUCUGUUGAUUGCCAAGGCCAUGCAACCAAAGCCCAAGGUUUAUAUUGGCAUUCCCACGUGGGGAAACCACCUUGACAUCUUUCAAAAUGUCAAUAUAGAGAUAGUCACGUACCAAUAUCUCGAUUCUUCCAAGCAUGUAGUGGAUUUUGCCGCCCUUCUGAAUGCCGUGCGGACAGCUCCGCCGGACAGCGUCUUUAUCCUUCAGGGGUGCUGCCAUAAUCCCUCCGGCGUCGAUCUGAGUGUCCAGCAGUGGGAAGAGCUAGCUUCCGAGAUGAGGGCCAAUGGCCAUUUGCCAUUCUUUGAUACUGCCUAUCAAGGUCUUGGUGAUGGCUUGAGUGAGGACGCGGUGGGCGUGCGGACUUUUGUGGAAGCAGGCAUGGAGAUGCUCGUCUGUCAGUCCUUUUCGAAGAAUUUCGCGCUCUACGGGGAGAGGUGUGGAGCCCUUCACGUGGUAGCAAACUCGAGCGAGGUUGCUUUCAAUGUCCAGGACAGACUGCGGAGUCUGAUACGUUACACUUAUUCUUCACCUCCAGCUUAUGGAAGCCGACUGGUCAAGACUGUGCUGAACGACAAUGCAUUGCGGAAAGCCUGGAUCAUGGAACUCGACGGUAUGAGGAAACGGCUCAAGAGGAACCGUCAUGCUCUGCACGACCAGUUGGUGAAUGUGCUGAAGACACCAGGGGAUUGGACUUAUCUCCUCAAUGAAAAGGGGCUCUUCUCGUAA